UAUAGUUGAUUAAUAAUGAAGAUUUAUAACUUUGAUUCAAAUUGAUUUUUACUCGGAAUGUGAUCAACGUACUGCUGCUCAGAAUUUUAUCAUGUCAUUUGAAAGACGAACACCUCUUGUUCUGGUGUGCUGUGGUUCAUUGAACCCUGUGACGAUUGGACAUCUAAAGAUGUUUGAAAUUGCUCGAAGUUUUUUGGAGAGAAUGGGAACUCAUAUUGUAAUUGGUGGAGUAUUAUCACCUGUGCAUGAUGGUUAUAAGAAACCAGGGCUCUUACCAGCAAAGCACAGGAUAGAAAUGUGCAAACUUGCGGUUCAAAGAUAUUCAUGGCUAAGUGUUGAUACAUGGGAGGCUGAUCAAGAUGAUUAUGUCGAGACUAUCAAUGUUUUACAACAUCAAGUAGAAAAAAUAAAGGAAACUUAUGGAUUAAGUAAUUUUCCACAGAGGUGUGGCAGCAGAUCACCAUACAGUCCAACUCAGGUUGCCGUAACCCUUCAACCAGGAAGUGACUUAAUAUUUCAUUAUCCUGUAUCAUAUCCAAUUAGAAGUUCAGCUGGUGGUCAUGGUUCAGUACUGUCUUCAUCAUCUUUUCCACUUGAAAGAAAACAAUCAUUUUAUGAUCGUCAUGCACAGUUAGAACUGAACGAGGCAUCUGAACCAAGUUUACCUGAUAAAACAGGAAUUGUUCUAGACAAGCUGGGACAAAAUUUGAGACGAAUGUGUUGUGCUAGACCUACAGCCUUUGAUGCACACAAGAGUGACAUGAUUUAUGGUGCUGCUUGUGAUUUGAGAAGAACAAAGAUCAUGUUAUUGUGUGGUGGAGAUUUACUAGAAUCAUUUGCCAUACCUGGUCUAUGGAAAGAAGAGCAUAUCAAGAAAAUUGUCAGUGAUUAUGGCAUUGUGUGUAUACCACGCCAUAAUACAGAUGGCAAUGAAUCUUUGUCUCCAGAUACAAAUAAUGACAGAGCAGAUAGAAUGAGAAAAGCAUUGGAUCGGCUGCAUAAUAUAACACAAAAUGUUUCAGGAACAAUUAUACUAGUGAAUGACACGAAACAUCCGGAUAUUGCUCAUAUAAGUUCAACAAAAUGCAGAAAAGCCAUAAUGACUGGAUCUUCUGAUGCCAGCUCACUUGUGAUUCCAAGCGUCCUUAAUUACAUCAAACAGAACAAUCUUUAUAUGGUGAAAGCAGCUGCAUAAUUGUUACAGAAUUAUAAUUCAUAUGAACCUUAUAUACAUAUAUAUUAACCAUUCAUUUAUUGCUGGUUUUGUUCUGCUCAUUGUACUUUCCAUAUUACUUCUUCAUUUGCUAUAUCUAUCUAUACUACAGAUAUCAUGAACUUGAUGAACCCAUUGUAUUGUGCAUUCUAUUAAAUUCGGCAAGAACUCUAAAAAUUGAUAGUAAUGAUGGAAUCUCAUCGAAAAUAUUUUAACCCACGUCCAAGGUGAUUGAUGUGUGAUUAGUAUUAAUAAUAUCAUAGUUUCGCAUCUUAUGAAGAGAAGGCUUUGUGAAAAUAUUAACCAUGUAAUUUUGUCUCGAAACUUCCACGACCAUCAAUAGUGCUGGCACCAGAUAGGCUUGUUUUAUUAGAUAGGCUACAUAUAAAUUCGAAAAUAUGGCCGAGACUGAAAUUUAUUUUUACCAUAUGGCAGUGCUCUGACAAUUCAUCUACAAGAAAUGAAAGUGUUUCAUUAAUUUGUUGAUCAGAAUUUUUUUUCAUUGCCUGGUUAUAACAUUUGUGACUAUAUGCAUCACUACAUUAUAUUUAUGUUUAAGUAUAAUAUAUAUAUGUGUAUCUCACAGUGAAGGCAUGUUUGUAACCAAGGUUAAUAUCAAAUACUGUGAAAAAAAAAAUUAUCUCUUUCUAAUUUCAACCCUUCUUGCAUCACAAUUCAUACUUGCAUUUUCUUAAAUAUAGGUUUAUGUAUUAGAUAUUGGUAUUACGAGAUAGUAUUGGUAUUAUAAGUCAUUAUUCAUCUAAUCUGCACUGUGGAAAAACUGCUAAUUUUUGCACGUUUUUAUUGUGACUUUUUUUCUUUUCAUGGGCAUGCUUCAUUUAUAUAUGUAGGAACAAUAUUAUAUUGUUUUUCCCAUUCAAGUUA